AUGGCGCGCAUGAAACAAGGUGUCUUCUCCUGGGAGGAUGUACUGGCCCAGCGAUACCAGAGUAACAAACCAGCUCCCCUCCAACAUCGACACCGAACCAUCUCAACCCCCGAGUCCCCCGCACAACAACACCAAUGCCAACUACUCUCCCUCUCCCCGGAGCUGCGCAUGAUAAUCUGGGGAUAUGCCCUAGGCCACCUCCGUCUUCACAUCAUCCAGCGAAGUCUUCAGCGCCUCGGCUAUAUCAUCUGCCCACUGAGCGCGACAGGAAUCCCCGAUAAAGCAGCACAUGCGGGGAGUCCCUUCUGUGAGAUCUGUCAAGGUGGGGGAAUCCCCCAACCCGCCAAGGAAGCCGAUCUAGUUCGGGCGGGACGAGAUGCGAAUGGAACCAAGCUUCUUGCGCUGGCAUUGACAUGCCGACAAAUAUCUCUCGAAUCCACCCACCUACUCUACACGCUCAAUACCUUCGAAUUUAGCAACCCGUGGACGCUACCUUAUUUCCGCCCCACCCUGCCGCUCGAUUCCUGGGAAGCUAUCCGCUCCGUUGAGCUGCGCUGGGCGUUCCCGGGUCACUGGCUACCGACGAAAGACCCUGUUCGCGCGGUAUAUGUGGCCGCAGGUCGAGCGCAGUGGCUCGAGACGUGUCGGACUUUGAACCGAUUACCGAGUCUGCGGUCAUUUGUGUUGGUGCUGGGGAAUAACUGGUUCAGCGAGCCUGUAGAAAAACUACCCAUCUUUCUCGAACCAUUGCGUGGUCUGCGUGUUCAGCGUCCACGGCAUUGCGGGUGGAGUGAGGAUCCCCUAUCAUUAAAGCCAGGGCUGCGGAAAGACUCAAAGUUUUCCUCCGAUGAGGAAUCGGGUUUGAUAAGUAUCACACGUGGUUGUGAAAGCAGUCUGCGCUCGUCGCCAGCGUCGUCCUCCGCCUGUGUUCGUCCGUUAGUUUCAGCCGAGGUUGUGUCGGAUAUUCCCGCGCCGUUGGGACCGUUGCCGUCGUGGGAAUUGCGAUUGCAGGGUCAAUCGUAUUAUUUGCACGAGAUGGGGCGAGCAGGGGAAGGCCUGCGGCGGAGAGGGAUCGACUGUGUUAUCUCCAUGGUGUGA